AUGAGUGAUGCAAGCAUUCAACUGGAUGUGGCCACAAGUGGUCCUUCUAAUAUUGAAGCAUCAGAUGAUACAAGCAGCCAGGCAAUGAUGCAUCAGAGUCUUCCUGCCUUUCAGAAUAAUCAGGUGAAUUCUUCCGAGACACCGUCCACGACGAGACUGCGACCCGGUCAGUUACGACGACGCUUAUCGGAACCAGCCGUCAAUGCAAGACAAACCAGCUCUCCACCGCCUCCCCAGACAAGACGGAAACGACGUCAACAACCCACACAAGCAAAUCUACAAGCAGCUGCUGCUCCACCGCCAGCACAUCAUACUGCUGCUGCUGCUGUGGGAAGUCAACUCUACAGAAGAUCCGUCAGCCAAUCCAGUCUGUAUUCCUCGGGAAGCAGCAGCAAGAAUUAUCAAAAGGCUUCCCGAAAAAACUCAUCAUCAUCCAACAACCAACAGCACGAUUGGCAGCUGGAAGAUGGACUGCAGCAGGUACAAGUGAGAUGGGCGGAUCGUCAAACCUCUCAAACGACCGGAUUUGGUACUUCCAGCACGGCUUCCAGUACACUUUCCGAAAUGUCCAUUCCCACGCCCGACGCCUUGUGCAACAAUCCACAAUCAUCCUCCCUCAGUUUGCUGCAACCUUCUUCUAUAUCCUCUUCUCCCACUACUGAUCAUAAUAAUCAUAACACCAUGGACGGAUUUGGCCAAAUCACAGUCAAUGAUUCGUCCGCCAACCUACUACUGAAACGAGCCAACAACAAUAACAACGCAUCCACAACAUCCUUCCUGACCGAGGCUUCCACCUCUCGAAGACGGACCCGACACGUGGAACAAUCGUUGCGAGAGUCGCAGCAAAGUGACCCAUUUGUACCCAGUGAUGAGAUGUUUGGGGACUUUUUUUGCGAUCCAUUAUUGUCUCCCAGUCCUCACAACAAUAAUAACGGAGGAAAGAAAUCGUCGUUGGAUGGAGUGGGUGCCAUGUUGGCCCAAAACGAGAACAAGAAAGAGAAGAGAGAAAGUGCUGUGGGGAGCUUUAAUCAAUACCAAGCUGAUUCGGAGGAGGAGGAAGAUGACGAUGAAUCGGAGGAGGACGACGAUACUAUGCAAGUAUUUCGUCCUGAUCCAACUACUGGUAGGAGGUCCAAAGCUACAAGACUAUGGGCAUCCAUGUCUCACAUAUCGUCCAACUACGAUGACGAAGACGACGAUGAAAAACGAGAUGCCAAGACGGUGAUUAGCCACGCGAAUACUACUGCUACUGGUGCGGCAGAACACAACAGCAUGGAUGGGGCAACCACGAGAGUGAAGAAAGGGAGUAAAGGGGGCCAUAAUAGUAGUAAAAAGGGGAGCAACAAGAAGACCGCGACAAAGCCGCCACAACAAAACGCCAAACAACGAACAGAUACCAAAAGCAACAGUAACCAAAAGAAGAUGGGGCUGGCGCCCACCAACAUUGUGUCGAACCUGUUGUCGCCGCCAAUCAAAAAAGCCCAGCCUGACACAGCACCUCCCGAAUCUACCAACACCAAAAAGUCCAAAAAGAAGAACAAAAUAAUAAAGCGACGAAACAGUGACCCCACUCAACUCCUGGGGGCCACCUUGGAAACCAUUACCAAUCACAGUCCAACGGUUACGGUCACGACAGCUGGUAUGACGACUGUAGCAACCACAAUCACCAACGCCGCAAAUAAUAUAAACGCGGCUCCCCCCAUCAACAACAACAGCGACAACCGGCUCCCUGCUCGCCAGAGUUCCAAAGAUGACUUGUUCCUGUUGGCCAUGGAAAAGUUUGCGAAACGGGCGGCAUCCAAGGCGGAGAGAAAAGCGCUAAAGGCAGAAUUGAAGGCGGAAAAGAAACAACAAAAGAAAGAAAAAUCAGCUCGGAAGAAACAGCAGAAAAAGAAAAAGAGCAAACGGCGGGCGUCGUUUGGUGCAGACGUUGAGUUCAAUGUGGAAGAUAUAACUGAUGACAAUGGAGAUGAAUUAGACGAAGAUGAGGAUCUGGCUGCGCUGCUGUCGUCUCCGGAAUCCGUUCGAGCUCAUUACGUCGAGAUUCAGUGGGAACCUCCAGAAUUUGUUAAGCCAGAGCAAGAGGCCAUGUCGCCGAAAGGAAGGUCACGCCGAAUGCCCAGGCGAGCAAGCGCUCCUGCGUCUUCGACUGCUGAAUCUUACGAACCUAUCAUACCAUCCUUUGUCUACGACGGGACCAGGCGAAAAUCAUCAAAGGUUGUUCCGGCGUUCCUUGUUCCUCCCUUUGCGAACGAGGGCGAUGAUCUCAUGGGGGAGACUGCAGAAGCCGUCGACACAGUCCUGAACCAAGACAGUUUUGUCUUUCAAAACCUUGACCAAGACUUUGGUGGGCGCUCGGAGCGUCGGCUGUCCGUGGCAGAAUCGAUGCAGAUUUUGGACCAAAGUAGCAAGUCACGGCGCAUGUCACUGCAACAGUCGUUCACCUCCGUCGAACCCGACCCGGAAAUUCAGGCGCGAGUCGCCAUGCUUCUGGAUCAGUCCAGUCAGAUUGAGCAUUCUGAAUCGCGAAGACCAUCUACAUCGACUCAACAAACUCGACGCAAAAAGGCAAAACGGCGGGGGAGCACAACGGAAAUGGAAAUGUCCUCACAUCGAUCGGCUCGGAUGGGAGCAACACGCCCGAAAUCUACCCGGUCUAGCGAGAAAGGCAGGAGAAGUCGCAGCGCUAGUAGGUCCAAGUCACCUCAACCUCCGUCAACCACGCGUAGCAAAUCAAAGAGUUCUGCUCGGACAAAGAAAGCUGCCGUAUCGGACCGAUCGCCCCCGCGACAAGACAACCUUGGAUCGAGCAAAAGAUCCUCAGGAUCCAGGCGAAGGGCGUCGAGUUCGUCACCGUCUGAUGGGCGCAGACGAAGCCACAGCCGAAGUCACAGCCCUCACGACAGGGGCAUGUCGAGAUCGGAGAGGUUUCCGGCUUCCUCUAGGCUGUCCAACUCGGAUAGGAAGGUGAAGCGGAAGUCCACAAGCGAUGCCAAAAAUACUAGCUCCAGGCCAAGCAGCCGACGCUCGAGUACGUCUCAAAUACCUUCGGCGUCGCAAGGACGCUUGGAGUCACGCAAGGACCUCGACAGAAGCAAAUCGCAAAAUAAAUCUCAAUCACGCACGCGUCAGACUGGGAAGAGUCCUCUAUCGCAAUCACAGUCAACGCUCUCGACUGCGAAUGAGAAGAAGAAAGUCAGGUCGAAGAGCACGGGGCACAAAGCGUCCAGUCGGAGGAGACAAAGUGCUGAUGGUGGUACCGGUGGUAUGGACUCUUCUAGUCGAGAUUCUAGUCGUCGGAAACAAAGCGCCGAUGGUGGCUCAGCUGCUAUGGACAAGUCAAAAGCAUCACGAACAAAGAAGAGGGCAAGUUCUCUUGAGAAACAUAAGCGCCGUGCUUCACUUGGUUCCCUUGAAGCAGGCAGACCCAAGCAGCGUCCGACGGAGCAGUCGUCUUGGUCAGCAUUGACUGCGUCAAGCGCACACUCGGAGGACCACAUCUACGGCCCCAAGAGGCCCCUUUCUCGUCGCCUCAACGAGGUUUCUGGCUAG